CACCAAUAACGAAUUCUUCUUAUUUUCAAUUACAUCUACAGCUAGCUAGCUAGCUUUCUGUGUGUUUCUGGGGGCAAAAUUAAAUAAUAAAGAUGGCACCACCACCACCAUCCUUGGCUUCUCGUAUGGCUGCUCUUAUCUUGAGGAUUCUCACUUUCAUUUUCCUCAUAGCUUCACUAGUCAUCUUGACAACCAACACUGCCACCUUAGAACUUGAUCUUGUUGAGGUUAAAGUUCACUUCAAGGAUGUUUAUGCCUACAGGUACAUGCUUGCAACAAUCGUGAUUGGACUUGCAUAUACAGUUUUGCAAAUUGCUUUCACAUUAUAUUAUGUUGCCACAGGGAAUAGAAUGAUGAGUGGUGAUGGAAACCUUGCGUUUGACUUCUUUGGUGACAAGGUAAUAUCAUAUAUACUAGUCACAGGUGCAGCUGCUGGAUUUGCUUCAACAAAAGAUAUAAAGCCUGUAUUUUCAGGAUCAGGAGAUUUUGACGCUUUCAUUAACAAGGGCUAUGCCUCUGCUAGCCUUCUUCUCAUUGGAUUCGUCUGUACUGCAGUUUUAUCUGUCUUCUCAUCCUAUGCACUACCGAAGCAAGUUUAAUCCUGACAGGAAAGAACAUGUAUCAGUAUGACUAUAUGUUUUUUACAUUUUACCAUUUUCUUCUUUUAUGUGAUUAGUCAAUUACUUGUUUAAGCUUGCUGUUAUUUUUCAAAGUUCUGUCUUAUUAUUUAAUUAUAAUUUCCAUUUUUUUCAUCUUUCUUUGUAUAUAUUUUCGUGUUGGCAUGAUCGACGUACUGUUUGGUUUGCCAAAAGUAAAUAAAAAGCUGAUGCAACUCUCAGUUGAAACUA